AUGCUAUUCCAUUCCCAUCUUCUCCAUAAACUCAAACACAAAUUCACCAAUAACACUCUCUUUUCUUUUUCAUUUUCUUCAUCUUCAAACAUUCAACAAACUCACCCAAAUCUUCUUCAACUCUGCACUCAUUCCCACACCCUUUCACACACAAAGCAACUCCAUGCCUUUGCCAUCCUCCACUCUUUCCUCCCUCACAGUGUCUCCAUCUCCGCUUCUCUCAUUCUACAAUACGCUACCUUUGGACACCCAAAAAGUUCCCUUUUUCUCUUCCAAAAAGCUGUUUCAUUUUCCCGCUCUGCUUUCUUGUGGAACACCCUCAUCCGUGCUUAUUCCAUUGCUGGUGUUUUUGAUGGGUUUAGUAUUUAUAACACCAUGGUUCGUUCUGGUGUUAAGCCUGAUGAUCAUACCUACCCUUUUGUUUUAAAGGGUUGUUCUGAUUAUUUGGAGAUUGAUAAGGGUAGGGAGGUUCAUGGGGUUGUGUUUAAGUUUGGUUUUGAUAAGGAUGUUUUUGUUGGAAAUACCCUUUUGAUGUUGUAUGGUAAUUAUGGUUUUCUUGUUGAUGCGAUGAAGGUGUUCGAUGAAAUGUUUGAAAGGGAUAAGGUUUCUUGGAAUACUGUUAUUGGUUUAUGUUCUGUUCAGGGUUUUUAUGAGGAGUCACUUGGUUUUUUUAAAGAGAUGGUUGGUUCUGCUCCGGUUAUUAGACCGGAUUUGGUUACUGUUGUUAGUGUGUUGCCGGUGUGCGCGGACAGUGAGAAUGUGGUUAUGGCGAGAAUUGUGCACGGGUAUGCUUUGAAGGUUGGUUUGUUUAGUCAUGUUAAAGUUGGAAAUGCAUUUGUUGAUGUUUAUGGGAAAUGUGGGAGUGAGGAGGCUUCUAAGAAAGUUUUUGAUGGGAUGGAUGAGAGAAAUGAGGUUUCGUGGAAUGCUAUUAUUACUAGUUUUUCUUUUAGGGGAUGCUAUAUGGAUGCUUUGGAUGCGUUUAGGUUGAUGAUUGAUGCAGGAAUGAGACCAAACCCUGUCACCAUUUCUAGUAUGCUACCUGUAUUAGGAGAAUUAGGACUUUUUAAGAUGGGAAUGGAAGUCCAUGGGUUUAGUUUAAGGAUGAGUAUUGAGUCUGAUAUUUUUAUUGGCAACUCUUUGAUAGAUAUGUAUGCGAAAUCGGGAUUGUCGCGCACAGCGUCUACUAUAUUUAACACAAUGGAAGAGAGAAAUAUUGUGUCAUGGAAUGCUAUGGUUGCAAGUUUUGCUCAGAAUAGACACCAUUUUGCAGCUGUAGAAUUAGUGAGGCAAAUGCAAGCUCAUGGAGAAAACCCCAACAACGUGACCUUCACAAAUGUUCUUCCAGCAUGUGCAAGAUUAGGUUUCCUGAAUGUUGGAAAAGAAAUUCACGCCAGGAUAAUUCGAAUUGGAUGCGCCUUUGAUUUGUUUGUCUCCAAUGCUCUGACAGACAUGUAUUCGAAAUGCGGACGUUUAAGUCUUGCUCGAAAUGUUUUCAAUAAUUCUAUCAAGGAUAAAAUUUCUUACAAUAUACUAAUUUUAGGCUAUUCUCAAACAACUAACAGCUCAGAGUCUCUAAAUUUGUUUUCAGAAAUGAGACUCUCUGGCAUGAUGCCCGAUAUUGUUUCGUUCAUCGGUAUCAUAUCAGCUUGUGCAAAUCUUGCUUUAAUAAAGCAAGGUAAGGGGAUUCAUGGGCAUCUGGUAAGAAAGCUUUUCCAUACUCAUCUUUUUGCAGCAAAUUCCCUUUUGGAUUUGUAUACCAAGUGCGGCCGAAUCGAUCUUGCAACUAAAAUCUUUGACCGUAUUCAACACAAGGAUGUCGCCUCAUGGAAUACUAUGAUUUUGGGAUAUGGUAUGCUUGGUGAACUGGACACUGCAAUCAACCUUUUUGAAGCAAUGAAGGACAAUGGUGUGGAAUACGAUUCAGUUUCCUUUAUUGCUGUUUUAUCAGCAUGUAGUCAUGGAGGUCUAAUUGAGAAAGGGAAUAAAUACUUUAAGAAAAUGAAGGAUCAUAAUAUUGAGCCAACACAUAUGCACUAUGCUUGUAUGGUCGAUAGUCUUGGAAGAGCGGGACAAAUUGAAGAAGCUGCAAACCUUAUUAGAAACAUAUCUUUUGAACCUGAUGCUAACAUAUGGGGUGCAUUGCUUGGAGCUUGCAGGACUUAUGGAAAUGUUGAAUUGGGGCAUUGGGCUGCUGAGCAUUUGUUUAAGUUGAGGCCUGACCAUUGUGGUUACUAUAUUUUGCUUUCAAAUAUGUAUGCUGAAGCUGGAAGAUGGGAUGAGGCAAAUAAGGUAAGGGAAUUGAUGAAGUCAAGGGGAGCUAAGAAAAAUCCUGGUUGUAGUUGGGUUCAAGUUGGAGACCAGGUGCAUGCUUUUGUAGUUGGUGAGAAAAUAGAGAGCUUAGAUACUGAAUUUUGGAUAUCAGAAAGUGGUUGA